ACUGGGAAUCAUUGGUGUAUUAUUGGUUUCACUGGGAAUCAUUGGUGUCUUAUUGGUUUCACUGGGAAUCAUUGGUGUCUUAUUGGUUUCACUAGGAAUCAUUGGUGUCUUAUUGGUUUCACUGGGAAUCAUUGGUGUCUUAUUGGUUUCACUGGGAAUCAUUGGUGUAUUAUUGGUUUCACUGACAAUCAUUGGUGUAUUAUUGGUUUCACUGACAAUCAUUGGUGUCUUAUUGGUUUCACUGGGAAUCAUUGGUUCUUAUUGGUUUCACCGGGAAUCAUUGGUGUCUUAUUGGUUUCACCGGGAAUCAUUGGUGUCAUUAGUUUCACUGACAAUCAUUGGUGUAUUAUUGGUUUCACUGACAAUCAUUGGUGUAUUAUUGGUUUCACUGGGAAUCAUUGGUGUCUUAUUGGUUUCACUGACAAUCAUUGGUGUCUUAUUGGUUUCACUGGAAAUCAUUGGUUUCUUAUUGGUUACGCUGGGAUUCAUUGG